GGUGCAGGCAGAGUGACAGCAGCGCGACACAACGAGGACAGUAAAACCCAAGGAGAUAGCUGAUAAAUGACGACAUAAAAGCGAAGGUACGAAGCGGUCAAAUUUUUUUGUGAACUCUGUGACAGUGGCCUUGUAAAAUGACACCGGUUAAUUUUUAGUUUGGAUUGUCGCAUAUAUACACAUUUUGCUUUAAUUGUGGGCGGGCAAGUGGAUAAAGGGAGACGGAUGCAGGAAGAUCUUUGCAGGGCAUAGAGCUGUAGAUGUCAGACACCAGCUAGUCGGAGCUUGGGUGUAGAACACACACGGUCAGCAGAAGAUUCUGGGAAAAAAGUCCCUAACCCCUCAGGCUCUGAACUACACGCCCACAUCUUCAACAUGCGGGAGUACGCCACCUUCCAAACGAACGCUUCGACGCCCACCAUCUGCCCCGUCAAUGCCACGGUUUGCCAGGGCUCCGCUUGCCUAGAGCCCACCGGCAGCAGCUUCAACGAGAUCCUGGGCAAGGUCAUGGGCAUCGUCCUGACGAUCCUGCUGGCCAUAGUCAUGUUCUCCAUGGGCUGCAACGUGGAGCUGAGCAAGCUGUGGGGCCACAUCCGCCGGCCCUGGGGCAUCAUGGUGGGCGUCCUCUGCCAGUUUGGCAUCAUGCCCCUCACCGGUUACGCCCUGGCUCUGGCCUUCAACGUGAUGCCCAUGCAGGCCGUGGUCAUCCUCAUCAUGGGCUGCUGUCCCGGCGGAACAAGCUCCAACAUCCUCACCUACUGGCUGGACGGUGACAUGGAUCUCAGUGUCAGCAUGACGGCCUGCGCCUCCAUCCUAGCCAUGGGUAUGAUGCCUCUGUGCCUCCUCAUCUAUACCUCCUCCUGGACCUCCUCUGAUACCAUCCAGAUCCCCUACGACAGCAUAGGUAUCACCCUGGUAUCGCUGCUGAUCCCUGUCAGCCUGGGCAUGUACGUCAAACACAGGUGGCCCAAGACGAGCAAGAAGAUCCUGAAGGUAGGAUCUGUCUUGGGGUUCUUGCUCAUCGUCAUCAUCGCAGUGGUGGGAGGCAUACUCUACCAGUCCUCUUGGGUCAUCUCUCCUGCCCUGUGGAUCAUCGGCGCCAUCUUCCCGCUGCUGGGCUUCAGUCUGGGAUUCCUGCUGGCACGCCUUGUGGGUCAGCCCUGGGUGAGGUGUCGCACCAUAGCUUUGGAAACGGGCUUCCAGAACACCCAGCUGUGCAGCACUAUCGUGCAGCUCUCUUUCUCCCCAGAGGAUCUCGAGGUCAUGUUCUCCUUCCCACUCAUCUACAGCAUCUUCCAGAUAGUGAUGGUCAUCGUGGUGGUAGGAGGUUACCGGCUGUAUUUGCGGUGUGCGGCUCAGGACGCGACAGGCAGCACAGAGAAGCAGGCAUACACCAUGGAAAACGGAGGAUUCCAGCACGACACCAACGAUAUCCCCGCGGGCAAGUUUACACAGCUGUGACUGGAAGGUCCCCUGCAGGGAGACCCUGUGGCAAUGGAGCAUGAGUAUCACUACCCUUUCAACCUCACACUGCCCCCUGUUGUCUGGGAGGGUGUACUGCUAAGCAACUUUCAUCAUAUCAUUGCCUGGCAUUUACCCAGAAAUAUAAUUAGUUGCAGUUUGCCAAUUUAUGCAGAAUAAAUUUAGGUUAAGUACCCCCUCCUCAAAGGCACAACAGCAGAGACCCUCUGGGAUUAAAAUAAGCUAGUUUCCCUGAGUCAUUUUCUGCGCUAAAUUUAGCAUUUGUCUCGAUCGCAAGCAUGCAGGGCAUCAGUCGGUAAUCAGGGCAUAAGGGUGGUGGAGGAACAAGCCAAGCCUCAGGGUCACAUGACCAAAGGCAGAGAGACGGGUGCCAUCGCUCCCUACUCAGUGUGCAUUCUUGGAGCCCCAGUCCCGAUCACAUGACCUGUUACCGUAGUGUGAGACAUUUAGAAUUAUUAAUGGUGGUUUGAAUAAUAAUACACCAGAAGUUACAGUUUUUCUGAAUUGCUAAAGCAAAACUCCGGAAACCUUCCAUCCUUUUCUCAAAACUCAUUCUUGCAAAAUCAAUCUACUCAAGGUCUUUUGCAUGCCGAGUUGCAAAAUUGGAAACCAAAAGACUGUAGUGUAAAAAAAUGUUUAGCAAAAAUGUUUGUAUACAAUUCCACGUAAAGCAAUAUGCAAUGUUUGCAUUAUUCAGCACUUCAAAAAAGUUACUGCAAAGGAGAUAGUAAAUCAUCCAAAUGAGAGGCACAUUAUGGUAAAAUGUUGUACGACUGCCAAGCCAAAGUCAAGGAGGAAUAUUCAUUCUGCCCCAUCAUGAUGUCUCCGAGCUGGAUCAGGCCACAGACCUUCGUCUACAACACAGACAAUGUUCUUCUUUGCUAGGCAACGGAGGAAGAAACCUUUGGUGUCAUCCAUCCAUACCUUGACAUCAAAAUCUGACUGGCUUAUGGCAGCUGCCCUUCUCACCCAGGACGUUUCAUCUAGUCACUCCUCUCAUUAGCAUCAGCUUUAGAAACGUGUGAAAUUUUAAGCCAUUGUGUUCAAAUGAUGCAUGACUGCUGGCUGCGUUUUCCAUUUUGCAUCCGAGUUCAUCACAGUAUUUUGAUGAAUCGGGACAUAUUUAGUUUUGCAAAUAGGGCGACUGAGAUAUGCAAAUUGUGUCUAACUAGGUGAGCACUGCUUACCACUUUGCCAAAUGAGUGGCUGACUCAGUAAGUUUUGGCAAUUCAAUUUUGUUCCAAGAAUGGGGUUUGAUGUUCUAGCAAUUCUGAAAAUCUGUUAAAUUAUUAAUGCAUUACCACAGGAAGGAUUUUUAUUAUGGGUAUUUAUGUAUUUUGUUCU